CCUCCUGCUGAAGCUUAUAUUCAUUUACCCUAUAUGAAGAUUGCUCAAGCCAAUGCUGGCUUUGCCUAUAAAUUGUACCGUGAGGUUGUUUCAGAGGCUGCUAGGAAGAAUAUUAUUUUUUCUCCUCUGGGUAUUUCCAGUGCUUUUUCUAUGCUGUCAUUGGGGGCUAAAUCUACCACACAGACUCAGCUUUUAUCAGGACUUGGCUUUAACCUGACAGAGAUCAAUGAACGGGAAAUACAUGAAGGUUUUCGGGAUCUUCUCAACAAGCUGAACAGCAAUGUGACUGAAAUAGAGCUGAGCGUUGGGGAUGCCCUUUUCAAAGAUAAGAAAUGGAACCCGCAACUGAAAUUUGUGCUUGACACCAAAAAAUUUUAUCAGGCCGAUAUUCUCAGUACUAUCUUCAAGAAUCCCGAAGAAACUGAAGAGACGAUCAAUAGUUACAUAGAAAAGAAAACACAUGGAAAAUUAGUUCAUGUUGUAAAGAAACUCGAUCCAUUGACUGUGGUGGUCCUUGUAAACUAUAUUUUCUUCAAAGCCUAUUGGGAAUCUCCUUUCAGUCCUGACAAUACUCGAGAUGAAGACUUCCAUGUGAAUAGAGACACUACAGUAAAAGUUCCUAUGAUGAACCGAAUCAGCUAUUUUAAGAGUUACUAUGAUGCGGAUCUGUCCUGCCGGGUGGUGCAGCUGCCAUACAAGGGUGGUGCUACAGCUUUGUUCAUUCUGCCUGACCCAGGGAAAGUGAAGCAGGUGGAAGAUGCUCUAGGGAAUGAAGUGCUGCGAAGAUGGGUGAAUUCAUUGAGAGAAAGUAAAACACAGCUUUACCUUCCAAAGUUUUCAAUCUCUAGUACCUACGUCCUCAAAAGAAUAUUAAGAAGAUUGGGUAUUACGGAUGUAUUCACAGGCGACGCAGACCUAUCUGGAAUUAGUAGGGAGCCUGGGCUAUACGUUACCAAGGCUAUUCAUAAUGCUUGUUUGAACGUCUACGAGAAUGGCACCGAAGCUGCAGCUACAACUGUCUUUGAAGAUGUUCCCAUAUCCUUUCCCCUUCCCCAUGUCCCUAUAGUUAAGUUUAACAGGCCCUUCAUAAUGAUGAUCUGUGAUGAGCCUACCAAAUCCAUUUUAUUCAUGGGGAAAGUUAAAAACCCUAAAGAGAGUUUAUUACACAAUUAG